AUGUUACGUCGAGGAGCUCUUUUAUCCAGAGCUCCGCUGCGUCGCUCGUUCUCAACGCCGCGCCAUACAAAAGGACUGAACUUGACGUCAUAUGUGUCCCCCGUACUGCUUCGUCUGCAUCCAGACACGGUGCAGCGUCAGGCGCCAGCUCUGGCACAAGAAAACGAACAGGCACUGAAGAUGCUCAAUGUGUUUCUGGAACUCGCCACCAGCGGCUGCAAUAAUGACGUCCGCAAUGCUCGGAAUCUCGUUUUGGCACUGAAAGAUCGACAUGAAGCUGGUGGUGAUGAGUCGGUGGUGUUUCCACUGGUUUUUCAUGUCCCAGUGGACGAUCGUGAGGUUCAGGAGCAAGUCGACGGAUUCGUCCGAGUCACAUACACAGUCGAGAUUCCUGCUCGACUCGUGAAGCGAACGUUGUCCCAUUAUGGCCAACCGAGCAGUGCUCGAGAGGAUUCAAAGGCUGCGCUGCAAACGCCUUUUGCACGGGAGUGGCAGCGCACGACGAAACGAAUUUUGCAAGAUCUCUUUGACGUGGCUCACGUGCCGCUUGUUGUGGAAGAACGAGGGGAAAAGACGAGGACGGCACUGGCCGAAUGGCUAGCAGAGGACGAAAAGGUUGUAGACCAGGCAGAUAUGCAUGGUAUCCGAACUGCUGAACACAAUCGAGCUGUUCAGCGCGAGCACAAAGAGUUUAAUAAACUCUACCAUGCGAUGCUUACACGCGAGAAGAAUAUCGUGCACGAAAUGACGACAGGUUUGGAAGAUGGGCCGACAACGCAACAUGCGGUGCUAACAAGCUUGCUGCAUUCGAGACUUUUCUUGCCCAAGUUUCGCGAUCCACACAUGAAGAAGAGCGCGUUUUACUGGAUUGCUAACCUCAUGCUUGUCAACUUUAUGGAACUAAGUCUGCACAAACUCGUGUGGAAUAAGGUCACACUUUUGGUUACUGCCGAUUCGAGCGUAGGUGAACCCCAAGUGUCUUGGGAUGAAGAAGUUCCGGAGCAAGGGAUGGGGAUUCUCAUCCCUGUUGGAAUGGAUAGCGAUACGCUGGUCGAUUUCAUGUACGAGAAUGUGGAAAAUUUGGAGUUUGCUCUGGCAGAGAAAUCGUAUCGGGAACAAGCAACAGUCGCAGAACAACAUAAACUUCGACUGGAGAAGAAGAAGCAGAAGGGAAAGUCGAGACGAAGAGACCACUUUUAUAAGGCAGAGGUGGAUCAAAUCUUCCGGAGACGAUGA